AUGGCCCUUCGAUCAAUUACCUCUCUCAACCUCCGAACAGCAAAAGCAAUGGCCCCCAUCGAACGUAUCACCUUAUUUAAGAUCCCCAAUGAGGCGGAUCGAGACCGCGUGCUCGAGCAGUACAAGGUUCUCGCAAAGACUGCCACCAAGGAUGGCAAGCCCUACAUCGUCGCUGCGGCUGUUGGCAUUUCAAUCCCAGACCCCAGGAACAAGGGAUAUAACAUCUCUGUUAAGACGACAUUCGCUUCACUAGAUGAUAUGAAGUACUACGAUACCGACUGCGAGGCGCACAAGGCAUUGAAGGCCAUCGCGGGUCCAGCCAAGGAGGAUGUCUUGACGACUUAUUAUGAGAACAUUCUAUGA